AGACUUUUUUAAUAACCGGAUAUAGUUUUUUGUCGGCUGCACAUGUACCGGCUGAUGUAACGAACGGUCAACUCUUAUGUCUUUUUAGUCUCCCAACAUAAUUUGUAGGAGACGAGCAUUACCUGAGGUGCAGAAUGGCGCAGCCAGUGCCAGAGUCUGUCAGCUUUCCAGAGGAGGAAGACAAAAUCUAUGAAUUUUGGAAGAGCAUAGAUGCCUUUAGGACUUCACUUAAGCUGUCAAAGGGAAGACCAAGGUACUCUUUUUAUGAUGGCCCACCCUUUGCUACUGGUUUGCCUCAUUAUGGACACAUUUUGGCUGGAACCAUCAAAGACGUGGUGACUCGAUGGGCACACAUGAGUGGUUUUCAUGUAGAAAGGCGCUUUGGCUGGGACUGUCAUGGUUUACCUGUGGAGCAUGAAAUUGACAAGACUCUGGGCAUCAAAGGGCCUGAUGAUGUCAUGAAAAUGGGAGUGAAAGCAUACAAUGAUGAGUGCCGCAAAAUUGUUUCCAGAUACUGUGGUGACUGGAAAGAAAUAAUUUCCCGACUUGGCCGAUGGAUAGAUUUUGACAAUGACUACAAGUCCAUGUAUCCAUGGUACAUGGAAUCCAUCUGGUGGGUCUUUAAACAGUUGUAUAACAAAGGACUGGUCUACAAAGGUUACAAGGUGAUGCCAUUUUCCACAGCCUGUAACACACCAUUGUCCAAUUUUGAAUCUGGUCAAGAUUACAGAGAUGUUGUGGAUCCUGCUGUCAUUGUAAGUUUUCCACUGGAAGAAGAUCCAAAUGUGAAGUUUGUUGCUUGGACAACAACCCCAUGGACAUUACCUUCAAAUCUUGCAUUGUGUGUGCAUCCUGAACUUGAUUACGUCAAAGUCAGAGACAAGCAAAACAAUGAAGUCUACAUUAUGAUGGAAGCCAGACUGGAAGCUCUUUUCAGAUCUGAGGAUGAGUACCAGGUCCUGGAGAAGUUUAAAGGCAAGAUGAUUGAGGGCAAGAAAUACAAACCUUUGUUUGAUUAUUUUGCACAUAUGCGAGAGAAGACUGGGGCUUUCCGUGUCUUGACUGGCACUUAUGUCACUACAGAUGUUGGCACAGGCAUUGUUCACCAGUCACCGUUCUUUGGCGAGGAUGAUUACAUGGUGUGUUUGGCAAAUGGCGUCAUCCGUAAGGAUGGAGAUGUUGUUUGCCCUGUGGAUGCCAGUGGAUGCUUUACAGAAGAGGUCACAGACUUUAAAGGGAUGUAUGUUAAGGAGGCUGACAAGCAUAUCAUCAAGCUCCUGAAGGCCAGGGGCCGACUGGUACAUGAGGGAACAUGCAAGCACAGCUACCCAUUCUGUUGGAGAUCAGAGACUCCUCUCAUCUACAAGGCUGUGCCAAGUUGGUUCAUUCGUGUGGAACAAGCCCAGGAGAUCCUUCUGCAGACCAAUUCAAAAACAUAUUGGGUUCCUGACUUUGUAAAGGAAAAGCGCUUUGGUAACUGGCUUCGAGAGGCUCGAGACUGGGCAGUAUCCAGAAAUCGAUACUGGGGUACACCGGUACCCAUAUGGGUCAGCGAGGAUGGAGAAGAGGUUGUAUGUGUUGGGUCCAUAGAGGAGCUGAAGCAGUUGACGGGUCAAGAGGUGACAGAUCUGCACAGAGAGAAUGUGGAUAAUUUGACCAUACCAUCAGCCCAGGGCAAGGGAGUUUUGCGAAGGGUGACAGAAGUGUUUGACUGCUGGUUUGAGUCUGGCAGCAUGCCUUAUGCACAGGCACACUAUCCUUUUGAAAACAAGAAGGAAUUUGAGGACACAUUUCCUGCGGACUUCAUUGCAGAGGGUAUUGACCAGACCCGUGGAUGGUUUUACACACUUCUGGUGCUCUCAACUUUGCUGUUUGGCAAACCUCCCUUCAGAAAUCUUGUUGCCAAUGGACUUGUUCUUGCUUCCGAUGGACAGAAGAUGAGCAAACGCAAGAAAAACUACCCAGACCCUAUGGAGGUUGCUUACAAGUAUGGUGCAGAUGCUCUGAGGAUGUACCUGAUCAACUCACCAGCUGUUCGUGCUGAGAACUUGAGAUUCAAAGAAGAAGGAGUUCGUGAUGUGGUGAAGGAUGUAUUUCUUCCCUGGUACAAUGCAUACCGAUUUCUCAUGCAAAACAUUGAACGACUUGAACGAGAAGAAGGACACAAGUUUGUUUUCUCUGAACUGACAUCAGAAGUGUCCACAAACUACAUGGACCGGUGGAUUCUGUCAUUCACACAGUCUCUCAUCAAGUAUGUGACCAGUGAGAUGGCAGCAUAUCGUCUCUUCACGGUGAUGCCACGAUUGGUUAAAUUUGUUGACCAGCUGACCAACUGGUAUGUCCGCAUGAAUCGUCGCCGUCUAAAGGGUGACAGUGGAGUUGCUGAUUGCUACAAAGCACUAGAAACAUUAUUCAGCGUCCUGUUCUCUAUGACAAGAGUUAUGGCUUCGUUUGUUCCAUUCAUCACAGAAUUGAUGUAUCAGAACAUGCGUCACUUGCUGGCUGAUGAUGGUGGCUCGGGGGAGGAAACUCGCAGUGUGCAUUAUCUGCUGUUGCCAAAAGCACAGGAAAACCUCAUUUUUACUGAAAUUGAGACUGCUGUCUCGCGCAUGCAGACAGUUAUUGAGCUGGGACGUGUCAUCCGUGAUAGGAAAACCCUCCCUCUGAAGUAUCCUCUGAAAGAAGUUGUUGCCAUCUGUAAUGACAACACAGUUUUGGAUGACAUCCGCUCACUGGAGAAAUACAUACUUGAGGAACUGAAUAUACGGUCCCUGACUGUGACAUCAGAUAAACAAAAGUAUGGGGUGCAACUUCGAGCUGAGCCUGACCACAAGGUUCUGGGUGCUAAACUGAAGGGAGCCUUGAAGGCAGUGUCUGAACAAAUCAGACAACUGACUGAUGAACAGCUAACAGCAUUUCUACAGACAGGGACCAUCAGUGUGGGUGGCUACACGCUUGGAUCAGAGGAUCUGCGGGUCAUGUUUACAUCUACCACUGCUCAGAGUGGCAACGGUGACAGCUCCCAGUAUGAGGCUCAUUCAGAUGGCCAGGUAUUUCUUUUUUAUCUGGUGUUGCUGGACGUCACCCCUGAUCAGUCCAUGGUUGAUGAAGGAGUUGCACGAGAAGUCAUCAACCGUAUCCAGCGUCUUCGUAAAAAGGCCAAACUGACACCUUCAGAUGACAUUGUGGUGUAUUACCAGGCAUCGUCAGAACUGGAUGCUGUAGUGAAGCAGUUCUCAGAAUACAUCACCUCAACAACAAAACAACCACUUCAGCCAUAUCCUGUAAAGCGUGGAGAAAGUGUGAUAAUUUCUGAAAGCUUGCCAAUCAAAAAUCACAGCCUUGAAAUGACCAUCACUCAGACAGGCAACAUCACAGCUGCUUCCCAGGCAGUAAAUUUUGCUCAAACAGCUAGCAGUCUGUCCCCAGCACCUGUGGUUAGUGGUGUGCAGCCAUGUGUGAAAUUUGUCAACGUGCAGCUGUGUGGCAAAAUAGCAGCAGGCGAGGGGCGAACUGGAACCUCAGGAACGCUGCUUUUAGAGAAUCCAGCUGGCCAGAACCUUCUGUCAGAAGACAAAGUUUUACAACAGAUCCAGUCAGUCUUUGGCCUCCGUGGACGUAAGAUACGCGCAUUUGAAGAUGCAAAACUAAGCAAGGAGUUGAGUGGUCAAAUGUUGCAGUCAGGCUGUUCCUUGUAUGUGACACCUGUCACAGGGUCUGCUUCAUUGGUGCCAGACAUUUCCCCUGCCUCACCUGUUUGUUGUUUUGCCAACGUGGAGUUUGGAGGAAAGAAAGCCACAGUACUGUUAGAAAAUCCUAGAGGAUGCACCACAAGUCCAAGAGAACUUUUGGAUCAGGUACGUGCAGUUUACAGUCUUAAUGGGAAGCCAGUGAGGCUGAGUUUGUCCAAGACAAAGGGCGACAUCUUAGAUCUGCAGUUAUUGGAUCUUCUGUCUCUGCAUUCCAAGCAGCUCUACAUUGUGUGAUCCACUCAGACC